AUGAUGUUACCAACGUCUCGAUCGUCGGUUUCACUUCUUUCAAAAACAUCGCUGUCUUCAACAACAUUACCAUCAACAGAAUCCUCCAUGUUACGAAUCGGGUUUACCGAAAACAUAACUGCCCAAAACAUGACAGAUGUGCAACUUCCAAGAGAAAUGACGUUCAACGAUGACAGCAUCAUGUCCGUUAUCGCCUACUCUUGCCUUUUUGUUGUUGCAGCUUCAGGAAAUUUAAUAGUUUUCAUUACAUUGUUUAGGAGUCGCAGGAUUAAGUCUAGAGUUAACACUUUUAUCAUGCACCUUUCCAUUGCCGAUCUAAUUGUUGCCUUCAUCAUGCUGCCUCUAGAAACGGGAUGGCAUAUCACGGUUCGUUGGGAGGCCGGGGAUGCCGCCUGCAGGAUUUUAAUGUUUUUUCGUGCUCUUGGAUUUUACUUGUCAUCGUUCGUGUUAGUCACGAUAAGUCUGGAUAGGUACUUUUCCAUAGUGCAUCCAAUGAGUCUUCAUGACGCAGAAAGAAGAGGCAAGAUCAUGUUGACACUGGCAUGGCUUCUUAGCGCCGUGGCUAGUCUUCCUCAGGGUGUUAUAUUUCAUGUGGAGAAUCAUCCAGUGUUCAAGUGGUACACUCAGUGCGUCACUUUUAACUUUUUUCCUACCCCAAAACACGAGCUCGCAUAUAACCUGUUCAACGUCAUCACAGUGUACGCUUUACCGUUAUUCAUCAUCACCACGUCAUAUUCACUGAUUCUCUACAAAAUAUCGAAAAAAGCCAAACAGGCUAAAGACGACUGUUUGGAGUUUGGUUCACAUAAAUAUCGAUGUCACAGCUAUCCACCCGGAAAAGGGAUUGUGUCGUGUGCUAGGGCAGGCAAGAUAGGCAAGGCGAGAAUACGAACAUUGAAGAUGACAUUGGUUAUAGUGACAGUUUUUGUUCUUUGCUGGACUCCUUAUUUUUUCAUGGCGGCUUGGUGGUGGAUUGACAAACAGUCAGCGGUAAAUAUUGAUCCGAAGGUGCAGAGAGGGUUGUUCAUCUUUGCUGUUUCAAAUGCCUGUAUCGACCCUAUAGUCUAUGGAAUGUUUACGACAGCUUUCCGACGAGAGGCCAGAAAAUGGAGGGGAUGGUUCAAACAGAGACUUAACAAAAUGGGACUUUAUACAAUGACCCCCAACACAGCCAUAGAGCAAGAAAACUUUAAGUAG